CAACUCCCUCUGUCAAACAUCACUAUCCACUGGGAAAUAAAUAUACAGCUUCUAUAAUAUCCUCUCAUUUUUAUAUUGCUCCCCAGUUUAAGAGUCAACAUGGGAAUUUCUGUCCAUUGGAGUUGGCUUGCUGCGCUCUCUUGCCUCCUCUGUUUGGCAGGUGAGGUUCAGUGUGACUGCACGGAGACGAACAUGCAAAUGGCGGGAGGUGAUUACACACUGACCAAUAAGCUGCAAAGAGGCAGCAUGCUGGUGUACCGCUGCCAUGAUGAGGGCGACUAUCCAUAUCCACAUCUUGUCCGCGUGUGUCAGCCCAACGGCAGGUGGAACCCAUCACCCAAAAGAUUUUCACCUCAGAGAUGCAAGCGUGUUGAAUGUCCGGACCCAAAUGUGAUGAAGAACGGAAACGUCAUCCCUCCUCAGGAGAGGUACUUUGUGGGCAAUGAGACCACGUAUGAGUGUUACUCUGGAUACACACUGAGGGGCUCAUCCACACGUCAGUGUUUACCAAACGGGAAGUGGAGCGGGUCCACUCCAAUCUGCAGCCGUGACUCUGGUGAUACCUGUGCAGAUCCUGGUGUCCCAGCCGGAGCCUCCAGAACAGGGAACAUAUUUGGAAUUGAUGACAAGGUGAAAUACACCUGCAAUGGCAACCUGAUUUUGGUGGGCUCCAGUGAAAGAAUGUGUCAGGAGAAUGGCCAGUGGACUGGAAAAGAGCCAGCAUGCUACUACAAGCACACUUAUGACACUUCACUGGAGGUUUCAGAGGCAUUUGGCAGCGCGAUCAAAGACAGCCUCACCACUUUAGAGUCAGCUGAUGACACACAGGAAGGGAGAAAAAUCAGGAUUUCCAAAAAUGGGACGCUUAACAUCUAUAUUGCUGUGGAUAUAUCUGCGAGCAUUGACGAGAAGUUCUUCAAUGAUGCAAGAAAUGCGGUUUUAAAACUCAUCACAAAGAUUUCAUCCUUUAGCGUUACUCCCAACUAUGAAAUCGUCUUUUUCUCCUCUGCAGUAUUUGAAGUUGUUAACAUUCUCGACUUUUUGGAUGGCAAAGCAUCAUUAAUCUCCGUCAUUGAAAGUUUGAAAAAUUUUACAGUAGGUGAAAAAAACACUGGAACAGAUCUGAACAUCGUCUUCAAGACCUUCUUGGAGCGAAUGGCUGUUAUAAAGCGUCGAGCUGGCGAUGAGGGUUUUAAAGAACAUCGUCAUGUCCUCAUAUUUUUUACUGAUGGUGCUUAUAACAUGGGUGGUUCGCCUCUACCCACUGUGGAAAGAAUAAAGAACAUGGUGUACAUGAACAAUACCAGCGAUCAGCAGAAGGAAUCCAGAGAGGAAUACCUUGACAUUUAUGUUUUUGCCAUUGGAGCGGAUAUCUUUGAUGAUGACCUGCUUCCCCUGACAGUAGGGAAAGAUGGGAGACAUUACUUCAGAAUGAAAGAUAUUUUCGAUUUACAAGACACAUUUGAUGAGAUAAUUGAUGAAGAAGAAGUCGUGGGUCUAUGUGGUCUUCACAAGGAGUACAAUCCUGACAAACCCAACUUCAGGAAAAUGUUUCCAUGGGCAGCAUUUGUUCUUGUCCAGAAUCAUAAAUGCCUCGGCUCUCUGGUGACCCCGAGGUUCAUCUUGACUGCUGCUCACUGCUUCAAAUUUGGUGAUACACCUGAACACGUCAUAGUUGAGCUUAAUGAUGGAGCUGGUCGAGAGAAAAAAGUAAAAACUUUCACAUUACACCCAAAGUACAAUAUUUCGGCUAAAGUGGACCAGGGCGUGAAGGAGUUCUAUGACAAUGACGUGGCUCUAAUCCAGCUUGAGGAAGACGUUAAGAUCUCGACUGAAGUCAGACCCAUUUGCAUACCUUGCACCCAGGAGACCAGUAAUGCUCUAAAACUGGUUGGUGAUUCCACCUGCAAGCAACAGGAACAGCUUCUUUUAAAGGAUCAAAUUGAAAGACUCAAUUUCCUGACCAGGAAACGAGACACUGUGGGUCUAAAAGAUGUUCACGCCAAGCUGGGCGACAAUCGAGAUGAAUGCAUCAAACAUGCACUCACGGCAAAGGGCAUAACGACGAAGAACGUACACGAUGCUGUGACUGAUAACUUCUUGUGCACUGGUGGCCUGAGUCCUCGGACAGAUCAUAUAGCAUGCACAGGUGACUCUGGAGGUGCUGUGUUCAAGAACUACGAGCUUCGCACAAUACAGGUUGCCUUGGUCAGCUGGGGAUCCAAGGAGAUGUGCACGGGAGGUGGUGUCGUCAACUCAGAUCAAUUCUCCAGAGAUUUCCACAUUAAUCUUUUUAAAGUAAUCCCAUUUCUCAAAUCCAUCCUCGGAAAUGACCUGGAUGAAUAUGCACCACUUACAUUUUUGAAAAAUUAGGAAAGUUGAAUGUAUUGACAUAUUGUUAAAUGUUUUGACAUUCCACUUAUACUUAAACAGCAAAACAGAUGCUUUAUCUCAUGCAAUUACUCAUUUAAUCGUCUUUUUUCCAGACCAGUUCAUAAUAAAAACACUUUCAUAUUAAAUUUUCUCACCCAAAGAGCAGGUGCAUAUUUUAACACACAGUAUCAAAGUUAAAGAGCAUUUUUGCACCACCCAUUCUCAAAAUAAAGUCAGUGGUGCAAACAGUGUCUGUUUUGCACUUUAUCCUGCCUGUACGUACAUUUACAUAAAAUAUAUUUUACAUGUUAUGUGGUCAACCAGCAUGAAGACGUUAAUAAAUCGGUUUUAACCUGU